GUUUAAAGUUCCAGAAUCCAGAGUAGAGAUAAUUAGUAUCCCUCGGCCCCAUCCCAUCCCAUCUCAUCCUCACAUCAUUUCACCGAUAGUGCAACGCAAUCACACCCACGGCGAUUUCUUCCCCAUUCCCCCUAACUUUAUAACACUGUCAAUCCAUUAAAGAAUCCCACCAUCUCCAUUCUCCCCUCUGUAUUAGUAUCACCUCCCUCAUUCAUCCCGUUUUUGCACUUAAUGCCACCCCCAAUUACCAAUGAUGGCUUCUCUUUCCCUAACUCUGCAUUUCUUAUCUAUAACGUCGUCUCUUCUUGAAAACCCAGAUCAAGUUCAAGUAGGAGAUCUGUUCGUUGCUUGAAUUUGUGCUUGUUUUUAAAGAUUUUUAUUACAAUGAACUCUUGAAAAACUUGGUUUUGUGCGAUGGGUAAUAAUGUACUCUUUGGUAGAACAUGAUAUCUCAGUUUCCUGUUUUCAUAUAUUGUUACAAGAUUCUUUGAGAAAUUAUUUAUCUUCGGCUAUCUGGACUCCACAACACCAACAUCUUUUGAAAUUGACUGAAGUAACCUCUUUGUGUUUGUUACCUUUUUCUUGAUGUGAAUGUAAGAUUCACUAAAAUCAAUCAAAGAUUCUUGAUAUUCUUCUCCUUUCAGUCUUUAUUUGUUGUAUUACCUGUGUGGCUAUUAUUCAAUUAUUUUCACAGAAAGGACUUGAUUUGUUUUUUCAUGGUUAUUUUCAAUUGGCAUGAUAAAAAUCAAUCAUUUCCCAAAACCCUUCUGUCAUAUCAUCAUUGAAACGUUUCUCCCCACAUUAUCAACUUGUAAUUACCCGUUUGCUUUGCGAUUCUUAUUAAUUAAUAAUAUCAAUCUUCUUAGUCAAUUAAUUCUUUUUUUGUCACGUCUAAAGUCAACCACCACAAUUAUUCCACACAAACCUUAUCGGAUAUGUUUGGAUUACAAACAAUCUAUGACAUUUUGCUUAAUUAUGCGUUAAUCAGUUGACAAUUUUACACGAUUCUUUAAUCAUAUUCUUUAUAUUCCUGUCGUCUUCAAAACCAAUCUCCACUACCAAUAAUUAGAUACAUACGCAUAAAAAAGUUCCCACUUGCUAUAACAAGUAAGAUUCAUUCCACAACAAGUGGCGUAAAAUCUAAAUUGAUCCAAAUUUGUGUAGCUGGGUCGAUCAUCUUUCACGAAGCUGUUGACUUUUGUGGGUCAAACUGAAAAUGGGGUGUUGUAUCUCAACAAGUAGUCAUAGUACCUGUAGUAGCAUGAGCGAAGGAGAAGUUGUCACCAUGUGUGGUGUCCAAAAACGAACAAGAACAACAUCUUCAUACCACAUGAACACCUUACAACAAAUGACGUCUAUACCCAACAGGAUUUUUACAAAUGGGAAGAGCCAAAGUUCUUGUAUAUAUACACAACAAGGGCGUAAAGGUGUAAACCAAGAUGCCAUGAUUGUUUGGGAAGAUUUCAUGGAAGAAGGUUUGACUUUCUGUGGAGUCUUCGAUGGCCAUGGACCUCAAGGGCAUCUGGUUGCGCGUAAAGUUCGUGACACUUUACCAUUGAAAUCAGAUUGUGAUGAGGGAAUAGAGGAUAAAGAUAAAGUUGACUCAUUAUGGAAAGAAGCAUUUUUGAAAUCGUAUAAAUCAAUGGAUAAAGAAUUACGAUCUCAUCCUAGUUUGGAUUGCUUCUGUAGUGGUAGCACAGCUGUCACCAUUGUAAAACAGGGGUCAAAUCUUUUCAUGGGAAGUAUAGGAGAUUCACGCGCGAUCAUGGCUUCAAACGAUAGUAACAAUUCGCUUGUAGCAAUUCAGUUGACCGUUGACUUGAAGCCCGAUUUACCAAGAGAAGCUGAAAGGAUUAAACGAUGUAAAGGUCGCGUUUUUGCAUUGCAAGAUGAACCUGAAGUGUCGCGAGUUUGGUUGCCAUUUGAUGAUGCACCAGGGUUAGCAAUGGCGAGAGCAUUUGGGGAUUUUUGUUUGAAGGAAUAUGGAGUGAUUUCUAUUCCUGAAUUUUCUCAUAGGAUUAUUACAGAGAAAGAUAAGUUCAUUGUUCUCGCAUCAGAUGGGGUUUGGGAUGUUUUGAGCAAUGAAGAAGUGAUUGAGAUAGUGUCGUCAUCUCCAACUCGGUCAACAGCAGCAAGAACAGUGGUUGACUCAGCUGCUCGUGAGUGGAGAAACAAAUACCCGACAUCAAGAAUGGAUGAUUGUGCAGUUGUUUGUUUGUUUUUGGAUGGAAAGAUGGAUUCUGAAUCGGAUUAUGAAGAACAAGGAGUGUCUUCUGCUACUUUACAGAGUGAUUGCAAUCAGUCUGGUAAUGUAAAUGAAUCAGAUGAUGUUCAGAUCUGUGAGCCAUCGUUGCAGAGGAACUUUACAGUUAGAUCAUCAGAAGAGAAGAAUGAUGAAGUGGGUGUGGUGGUUUGUGAUGAUCAUGGGUGGUCUGGAUUGGAAGGAGUCACCCGAGUCAACUCACUGGUGCAGUUGCCAAGAUUUUCGGAAGAGACACUAGGAGAAUGAUUGUUUUUUUUUUUUUUUUUUUUUUGUUCUUU